AUGGCUUCAUUUCUGGCUAGCUGGCUCGCAAUCGUUGCCUGUACAUUGACUACACUCGCGUACAAAGCCAUCAGUCUCCACUCUUUGGACUUUGUUCUUGGUGCUCUCGCAUUUGAAUUUAUUUCCUUCAUUGGCUGGGCCUUCUACUGGAUUGUUCUCUAUCCAGCAUAUCUGACCCCCUUCCGGCGUCUUCCAACUCCGCCGAAUCGCAAAUUUCUCACCGGAAAUCUGGAUGAAUUCUUCCCCGACUAUCAAUGGAAAAUUGUUCGGGGGUUCUACCAUAAUGUGCCUAACAAUGGCCUCAUCCGGUACUAUGGGCCCAUGAGCAUCGAGCGCAUCCUCGUCACUACCCCGAAUGCAUUAAGAGACAUGAUGAGUUUGAAUGCGUACGACUUUGGGCAGUCCAGCACAUUUAAACUGCUGGUCAAGAGGGUCACCGGAAGUACUUUCUCCUUUACUACAGAUGAAGUCAAGCUGCAUCGCAAGAACUUCAACCCCGCCUUCACCACCACGCAUAUCAAGGAGAUCACUCACGUCUUCUGGGACAAAUGCGUACAGAUGGCAGAUGGAAUGCAGGCGCAGAUUGAGGCCAGUCCACAGUCUCCCGUUUCAAUCAACAACUGGGGAUCCAGGGCAGCGUUGGACAACAUUGGCCUGGCCGGGAUGGGAUACGACUUUGAGACCCUCCAGAAUCCACACAGCGAGCUGCGACAGCACUACGAGAAAAUCAAUGUCAAGCCAAACAAGUCGUUGAACUGGAUUGGAUUGCUCAGCAACUUCAUGAAUCUGGGCGUCUUGCUACAGCUGCCAGUCAAGAAGAACCUCGAGAUCGCCGAGGGCGCCAAGUACGUGCGCAGCGUCGCCAGAAAGGUCAUUCAGGAGCGAGAGGCCAAAAUAUACGAUUCGAAAGGGGCUGGGGAUCGCAAAGACAUUAUCAGUGUUGCUCUCGCUAGCGGUGCCUUUACUCCGGAGCAGCUUGUCGAGUAUGUCAUGGUCUUUCUCUCCGCCGGCCACGAGUCGACCGCUGCCACCUUUGAAUGGACCAUGUACGAACUGGGACGACGCCCAGAAAUGCAACAGCGUCUGCGAGAUGAGAUUCGAGCAUGGGCACCAUCAAUGGCCGCCGUGGAUCCAUCGCGCAUUGAGAGUCUCCCGUAUCUGAACGCCGUCUGCAGCGAAGCCCUGCGAUUCUACCCCUUCACCCCCAUGGUGGUCAAGGUGGCAGAGCGGGACUCAACUAUCGUAGGCCAGCAUAUCCCCCAGGGAACUCUCGUUCUGUAUGCACCGGCAGCAACCAACCUCGACCCGGCGCUGUGGGGACCAGACGCUGACGUCUUCAACCCAGAGCGCUGGAUGGAGCCUGGCAAGGCCAAAUCCGGCGGUGCUACGAGCAACUACGCGAUGUUGUCUUUUUCAGCGGGGUCGAGAAACUGCCUUGGGCACGCCUUUGCGAGGGCCGAACUCGCCUGUCUUGUUGCGGCUGUUGUUGGCCGGUUCGAUGUCACUUUGGCGAAUCCGGAUACAGCAGGGAUUGUCGAGGCUGGACAAGUGAUGAGGUCAAAGGAGGGUGUACAUGCACGACUGAGAGUUAUUGAGGGUUGGUGCUGA